AUUUUCUCAACAUCAGUCCAUGCAACUUGACAUAUCUUAUGUUGAUAUAACUGCAAAGGUGAAUGAAUUUCUAUUUGUCUAUUCGAACAUGACUGUGUUAAUUUUCAAUAUCACUUACUGAUCAAUACGCAUUCUCUUCUUGUCACUGACCUAUGGCUGUUUUACAAUUACUGGUAGACAUUUGGUUAUUUUUAUUCUUAAAUCAAGAUGUGGGAGCAGUAUUUCCUGGAUUUAAAGUAAACAAAUUAAGAUAUGCUCUCGUGACCUAUUACUUCCGGCUAGGAUAUACCUGGAAAGAGAUAUGUGGAUUCAUUUGCUGUGCACACAACAUUAUGAUAACUCUUCGACAGAUCCGUCGGAUCGUUCAACGCUUAGGACUAAGAAGAUACGGUUUGUACUCUCCUUUACCGAGGGCUAUAAACGAAGUAAGGCAACUUUGCCACUGUGGUUUCUCAAAUUCGGGCUACCGUACAAUCUGGAGAGUAUUACAGUCAUCAGGUAAAGUUGCUGCAACUCAAGACACAGUGAGACAAAUAGUCAAGGUGAUGGACCCAGCUGGUGUCAACUUACGGUUAAGGCGUCGGUUACGCAGACGAAUAUAUGUCAAUGGUGGUCCUAACUUUAUUAUUCACAUUGACGGAUACGAUAAGCUUAAACCUUUUGGGAUAUCAAUACAUGGGGCUACUGAUGGUUACUCAAGAAAUGUGCUGUGGCUGAGAGCAGCAUACACAAAUAACGAUCUAAAGAUUAUUGCAAGAUAUUACAUUGAAUACAUUAAAACAAUAAAUCAACUGCAGAUGGUUGUUCGUGCGGAUUACGGCACAGAAAAUUCGGUCGUUCGAGAUCUAUAAAUGACGAUUGUUCGUCUGGAAGAAAAAGCUUCUUAUAUGGGCGAUCAACUUCAAACCAGCGUAUUGAAAAGUUUUGGGGUGUAUUGAAAGACAAUUUUACAACCUUUUGUAAAAACUUUUUUUAAGGUCUUCGCGAUUCUGGCUACUUGCAUGAUGGUGCCCCCGUCCAUAUUGAAUGUGUCAGGUUUUGCUUUCUUUCUUUAAUCCAGCAAGAUCUUGAUAACGUAGAUGAAAUGUGGAAUCACCACCGAAUUCGAAGACAAGUUGAGAUUGAAAGCCCAACAGGCGUUUCCCCCGAUAUGAUGUACUAUAAGCCACAAGUAUUCAAUGGUGUGAACAGUGCAUGUCCACCUCUGUGUGAACUCAAUGAUAUAGAUGUCCUUUCUCAAGGGUACUCUUCAUUGACACAAAGGGUAAGCUGUAGGGGUAUGUUUGUACAGCUCCUAGAAGAAGUAACUGCAUGGUCGGGACAGAGAUCAACUUCAAUAGCCAAGCACACUUGAAAUCGCUACGGCUCUGUUUAAAGAACUACGGAAUACCUUGACAAUUUGUAAAAUAAUGUUGUUUAAUAAUGUUUUAUUGAAACGCAUUUAAACAAAAGCCAUUUUUAUGUUUUUAAGUUACAUAAUGCAAUAACAGUUGCGGAAUUAAAACAUUCAUACUUCUACUAAUCAAUCUUUAUUUAUUUAUUUUUAUUGUGAAAGUAACUAUACUUUUGAAAUAAAAUUUGCGAUUUCCGUGUUAUA